ACUAAAUUCACAGUAAGUGAUGUUGUAGUCUACAGUUACUAAUUUGAAAAGAAAUACUUAAAAUUUGUAUCCAAAGUAAGUUCUGGUUUCAGUUUAUUGUAACAUUUUCACUAUUUUUUAAAAGAUAUAAAAGAGCUGUUAAAAGAACUGCUGAUCAAAAGGAGAGAGAAUGCAGAAUGCAGUUGGACUUAUUGAUGACAGCUGAUGGCAAAGAAAAUGAUCAUCUGCCAUUACAAGACUUAGACUGCAAUGUAGACAUGGAAGACAAAAAUGGUAAAGGAGAUUAUGAAAAUUGCAGUAUAUUAUUAAAAAAUGCCAUAAGUGAAAACAAAAUCCUAAUAGAUCAACUUCAACAACUGCAGUUAGAAAAAAAUGUUUUAAAUAAUAAACCACCUUAUAUGAGGGCUUCUAGUCUAUCCCUGGAGAAAACAGAAGAAACAACAAAAUUUUAUACCGGAUUGCCAUCUUAUACAUGUUUUAUUUGGUUGGUGAACUUUGUGACCUGUAUUUUACCUUCUUCCAAUAUUUUGAGUUCAGCAGACAUUCUUCUUUUGGUUUUAAUGAAAUUACGUUUAAAUUCUCCACAUACUGAUAUCUCAUUUCGUUUUGGAGUUUCUCUUAGUUUAGUUACCAAUUUAAUUGACAGUGUCAUCCCUCAAUUAGCCCACAAAUUAAAAUGGUUGAUUCAUUGGCCAAAUAAAGAUGAUAUUUUACGCUCUAGACCAGACUGCUUUAAGGAGGCCUUUCCCAGAUGUGUUUCUGUUAUUGACUGUACAGAAGUUUAUAUAGAGACUCCAUCAAAUUUUACAGCCAGAUCUUGUACUUACAGUAACUAUAAGCACCACAAUACAAUUAAGUUUUUAGUCAGUAUUGUUCCGUGUGGAAGUAUUUCUUUUGUUUCACGUGCAUUUGGGGGGAGGACUUCAGAUAAAUUGAUUUCUCUUAAAUCUGGUUACCUUGACUUUAUACAUCAUGGUGAUGUUGUCCUAGCAGACCGUGGCUUUCUUAUUAAAGACGAAUUAGCAUCGAGAGGGGCUGAAUUAAUUAUACCAUCAUUUGUAAAGGGAAAAGACCAGCUAAGUGCCUUUGAAGUGGAAAGAAGCCGAAAUAUUGCACAUGUAAGAAUUCAUGUUGAAAGAGAAAUGGAACGACUGAAAAAUUUCCGUAUUUUGUCUGGAAAGAUGUCAUUGAAUAUGGUGCCACAUUCUGACAGUAUCAUGACAAUUUGCUCUGCUAUUAUAAAUAUGCACCCUAAUAUUGUUCAAUAACAAAUUAACACAUUUCCCUUGAUUAUAGGUAAGGCCAUUGAAAAUUUAAUAUUGGUUUCCCCUAACACAAGAAAAUUUUAAAAGGUCAGCAGGCAAGAAAAACUUUAUUUUUCUAUUAUUGUAGUUCAAAAUAUCUACCAGACUACAAGAAAAAUGUUGACAUCAUAUCUGAUCUAUAUUGUGAUGUCACCUACUUUAAACUUGAAGAAUGAUAAAUAAAACAUUAUUUUGAGAAAUGGUCAGACAAGGAUCAUUUAUAGUUUAAGAGCAAGUAUUACUGGAGGGUGAAAACAGACCCAACAGACUUUAGGUAAACCAACAAUCUUUUUUCCAUGGCCUUAAAAUUACUAAUUUUCAUAUCUCAUCAUGUACAUAACAACAUGUUUCUUGUUGUUUUGUCUAGCCAACAUUGACUUUUAAAACAAAUUCAAUUUUUGAUAUCUGUAUUCAAAUUCAAGAAGUUAUUGUAGCAAAAAUUGCUGAGGCAUCACCGAAAGAUAAUUGUUCUGCAGAUUUUUUUGUUCAGCAUUAUUAUUUUUCAAUGAAUCUUAUAAGGUGCUGAAAAAUAUUGGUGUCUGACAUUUAAAUAAACAGUAGAAGGAGUAUUGUUAUUACUAGGUAUACUUGUUUUUCAUUUACUGUAAAGCUUUUAUGAAAAAUUGACCAUAUAACCUAUUAAGAAACUCCCUCACUUGAUUUUGAGACUUACAACUCUUUACACUUUUUUUUUUGGAAUAUGCCUUUUGCAGAUACAUACAAUGCACCCAUAAUCAGAAACGGAUUAAGGGUGGGGCAGGGUGUCCCCUCUUUUGUUUGAAAAAAUUUGGUUCAUUAUAUAGGAAAUCACUGAAGCAUGACUGGAGCUGGCCCCUCUAAGGCAGUCAGUGCCCCCUCUUUAUGAUAAUUUCUGGAUCCGCCAAUGAUAAUAUAUUUCAAAAAGAUUUUUUUUUAUUUUUGUUAAGAAUGUAUCCUUAUCCAGUUUCAGAUAAAUGUUCAAUUUAUCUACAAAAUUAACAAUAUCAAAUUUAUAAAAAAAAAUCCAAAAUCUUAUGAGAACCUCGCAAUACACUUGAAGUUGUUAUUAUGUUAAUUUUGGAACAGAUUGAAAGACUAAAAAAUCGUUGUGAAAUUAAUUCUGGAAAAAAAUAUUCUUUUGAAAAUAUGAUGUAAAAAUUUUUCAAUUAUAAUGGAUAAAUGAAAAUCCAGAAUCCUAAACUAAAAUUGUCUAGAAAAAAUGUAUUCAAGUAUUAAGUGGUACACCAAGUGUUAUCCAUGCUUCAAGAAGAGGUUAUUUUGUAAAUAUGUUUGAUGGCACACUACUUCCACAAAUUAUUUUUUACAUUUUGGACAAAGCCACUUUCCCCUUGGUUUCCUUACAAUGUUAACACAUUGAUAAUGGAACCAUCCAAUAUCACAUGAGUCUCCAUCACAAAAAAUCAUCUUGCCAUAUUCUGGUUCUUCACACAAGCAAUACUUCUCUUUUGUGACGUCAUUGACUGAAGUGUUGGCUACUUUAUAAUCAUGUAGCAAUUUCCUGGUAAGUAGCUCUGGGAUUAAUAGCUCUUUAACAAAGUAAGUGCACUUACUUAUUAAAUGAUUACAAAACUCAGGAUCCCUGCAAAUUCUAACAAUAGCAAGCAAAAUAACAUCAUUAGGACUUGUCAUUACAACAAAAUCACAAUAAUCAGUGUCAUAGACAAACAUCUGAAACUGAACCUGAGUGUAAUAUUUGUGGUUAUUUUUCAAGUGUAAGUUUGUGUCCAAACAAAAUGUAGGGUCUUGAUUUGCAGCUUCUAUUGAAGUUUUGUCUUUAUGCUUGUGGGGACAUUUAAUCUCAAGGGUUCCUUGUCCACAACAAUUGCAUGAAAUCACACCAUCAGCUGAAGCACCAAGAAAAUAAUUUUUUUCAGAUAUCUUCAACCCAGAUAAUUUACACUCAAAAUUUGUAUGUUUUUUUUCCAUAUAUUGGAUGUAGGCAUCUCUGGUUGUUGCUUCAUUUUCCAGCCCCCAUUUUAUGGCCUCUUUUUUACUGAGAUCAUAUGAGUUGUAUCCUGCAAGUCUCAUGAUCAAUUUAUUAGGAUUUGUAGUUGGUCUUAAUGUUAAAACCUCAUGAGCUUUUGAAGCUGUUAUUCGACCUUUUCUGUGUUCAAACCAAAGGGUACUUAUAUUUUGAGAUUCAGUAAUUUUGAAUAAAUUUGCAGAUUGAGAAGUUGAGCAAUGAUAGUUCCUAAAAAGUUGAUCUGAUUUGUUGAUUAAUUCCUGUUCAGUUAGUUCUUUAUUAAUGACAUCAUAAUAACUUGUAAGAGGUCUAGGUAAUUUUUCUUCUUUUGUAUGUUUAACCUUGACUGAUGUUUCUCUAGUUACUUCAUCAUUCAUUGGAGGAAUGAGAGAAAAGAAUGCAGCAUUAGGACACACCUUAGAGAAAGAUUCUAACACAUCUUUGCCUGGUAAUGGAUCUUUGCUUGAUGGUAUAACACAUUCCAAUUUUUUUUUUCUGUUACUGUUCAUAAGGUGCUGUAUAUCCAUAAUUGAGCUGACAUCAACCUAACAACACAAAGAUAUCAAUUUUUAGCUUACCGGCCCAAAAGGCCAAGUGAGAUUUUUCCAUCUCUUGGCAUCUGUCGUCGUCCAUUAACUUUACCACAAAUCUCUCUGUAAUUACUGGGCCAAAUUUAAACAGACUUUUGAGUUAUCUUUCCCUUGUUGAGAGUUUUUCGGACUGUUUAAACUCAAUUUUAAAGUAAAAACAGUUAAGUAACAGAGUCAAGUAUUUAUUAAAUAAUUCUUUUUUUUUUUGUAUGCUUUACAGUUUCUGUACAUAAAUAACUUGAGAAAACCAGUGUUGUAUUUUCAACUUAUACAAGACUCCAACCUUAAUUAAGAAUUAAUAAGUGUUAUCACUCUUUGUACACCUGAUAUAGACUACACUUGAUAACUUUGUAUAGUUUAUUGUACAUGUAUUAUUGUCUUAUUAAUCAUUAUAAUCAGUUGAAAGAUUUGCAAGUGUUUGUGAAUAAGUUAUAUAUUUUUUUCAUGCUUGUAAUGAUUCAUUUGUUUAAUAAGUUUAUUGUAAAGUUGAAGUGACAUAACUUUUUGUAUGCUUUACAGUUUCUGUAUAUAAAUAACUUGAGAAAACCAGUCUUGUAUUUUCAAUUUUAUAUACAACACUCCAACCUUAAUUAAGAACUAAUAAAAGUUAUCUCUAUUUGUACACCUGAUAUAGACUACACUUGAUAACUAUGUAUAGUUUAUUAUACAUGUAUUAUUGUCUUAUUGUCUUAUUAAUCAUUAUAAUCAGUUGAAAGAUUUGCAAGUGUUUGUGAAUAAGUUAUUUUUUUUUUCAAUGCUUGUAAUGAGCCAUUCGUUUAAUAAGUUUAUUGUAAAGUUGAAUUGACAUGACUUUUUUUUCAUGCUUGUAAUGAGUCAUUGGUUUGAUAAUGUUACAAAAUAUCAUAUAAUAGGAAUUGUAUAAAUUCUAUGAAAUAAAGUUUACACAAAAUUUGAUAAUUUGUUAAGUGUGUAAAGUUAUCACCAGUCAAGAAAAGCAUGUAAUUUUUAUCCAUAAAAUGUUAUGACGUUGUAAGAAUAUAUAGGUGUCAUUUCAGAAGACAUUUGUUUUCCAGACAAUAACUUGAGUAAAGGUGAACAGAUCUCUAUAAAAUUGUACCACAAGGUACCAUACCAAAAAAAAAAGUAGUUGGGAUUGAUAUUGGGCCCAGUUUUCAAGUUGGUCCAAAUUGGGGUCCAAAAUUAAACUUUGUUUGAUUUCAACAAAAAUUGAAUAUAUGGGGUUCUUUGAUAUGCUGAAUCUAACCAUGUAUUUAGAUUUUUUAUUUGUGGACCCCACUAUCAAAUUGGUUCAUAUUGAGGUCAAAAGGGUCCAAAAUUAAACUUUGUUUGAUUUCAUCAAAAAUUGAAUUAUUGGGGUUCUUUGAUAUGCCAAAUCUAACCGUGUUUUUAGAUUUUUAAUUUUGGGUCCCGUUUUUUAAAUUGGUCUACAUUAAGGUCCAAAGGGUCCAAAAUUAAACUUAGUUUGAUUUUAACAAAAAUUGAAUUCUUGGGGUUCUUUGAUAUGCUGAAUCUAAACAUGUGUUUAGAUUUUUGAUUAUGGGCCCAGUUUUCAAGUUUGUCCAAGUUGGGGUCCAAAAUUAAACUUUUUUUGAUUUCGACAAAAAUUGAAUAUAUGGGGUUCUUUGAUAUGCUGAAUCUAACCAUGUUUUUAGAUUUUUUAUCUGUGCGCCCCGCUAUCAAAUUGGUUCAUAUUGAGGUCAAAAGGGUCCAAAAUUAAACUUUGUUUGAUUUCAUCAAAAAUUGAAUUAUUGGGGUUCUUUGAUAUGCCAAAUCUAACCGUGUUUUUAGAUUUUUAAUUUUGGGUCCCGUUUUUUAAAUUGGUCUACAUUAAGGUCCAAAGGGUCCAAAAUUAAACUUAGUUUGAUUUUAACAAAAAUUGAAUUCUUGGGGUUCUUUGAUAUGCUGAAUCUAAACAUGUGUUUAGAUUUUUGAUUAUGGGCCCAGUUUUCAAGUUUGUCCAAGUUGGGGUCCAAAAUUAAACUUUUUUUGAUUUCAACAAAAAUUGAAUAUAUGGGGUUCUUUGAUAUGCUGAAUCUAACCAUGUAUUUAGAUUUUUUAUCUGUGCGCCCCGCUAUCAAAUUGGUUCAUAUUGAGGUCAAAAGGGUCCAAAAUUAAACUUUGUUUGAUUUCAUCAAAAAUUGAAUUAUUGGGGUUCUUUGAUAUUCCAAAUCUAACCGUGUAUUUAGAUUUUUGAUUUUGGGUCCAGUUUUCAAAUUGGUCUACAUUAAGGUCCAAAGGGUCCAAAAUUAAACUUUGUUUGAUUUUAACAAAAAUUGAAUAUAUGGGGUUCUUUGAUAUGCUGAAUCUAAACAUGUAUUUAGAUUUUUGAUUUUUGGCCCAGUUUUCAAGUUGGUCCAAAUUGGGGUCCAAAAUUAAACUUUGUUUUAUUUCAACAAAAAUUGAAUAUAUGGGGUUCUUUGAUAUGCUGAAUCUAACCAUGUAUUUAGAUUUUUUAUUUGUGGACCCUGCUAUCAAAUUGGUUCAUAUUGAGGUCAAAAGGGUCCAAAAUUAAACUUUGUUUGAUUUCAUCAAAAAUUGAAUUAUUGGGGUUCUUUGAUAUUCCAAAUCUAACCGUGUAUUUAGAUUUUUAAUUUUGGGUCCCGUUUUUUAAAUUGGUCUACAUCAAGGUCCAAAGGGUCCAAAAUUAAACUUAGUUUGAUUUUAACAAAAAUUGAAUUCUUGGGGUUCUUUGAUAUGCUGAAUCUAAACAUGUGUUUAGAUUUUUGAUUAUGGGCCCAGUUUUCAAGUUUGUCCAAGUUGGGGUCCAAAAUUAAACUUUUUUUGAUUUCAACAAAAAUUGAAUAUAUGGGGUUCUUUGAUAUGCUGAAUCUAACCAUGUAUUUUGAUUUUGGACAUUGGACCAUAAUAGGUAAAUUAAAAAAAAUCAAAUUCUUAGACCACAUUUUUUCUGUGUCAGAAACCUAUGCUGUGUCAAAUAUUUAAUCACAAUACAAAUUCAGAGCUGUACCAAGCUUGAAUGUUGUGUCCAUACUUGCCCCAACUGUUCAGGGUUCGACCUCUGCAGUCGUAUCAAGCUGCGCCCAGCGGAGCAUUUUAUUUAUUGGUUUAUGUAAAUAAGUUUGAGUUAUUUGUUUUGAAAAGUGAUGUGUUUAAUUGAUAGAUAUAAAAUCAUAUCUAAUUUUAGAGAUUUAUGAGUGGUUAAGUCAUAUCUAAUUUUAGAAAAUUAUUUUGUUGUUUUGUUACUGGUUCAUGGAAAUAAAUUUGAGUUUUAUCUUGUAAACAGUCGAGAUCCCCACCCCAAAACUGUAUAUAUUCUUGUAUGGGACAAUAAAACAAAUGAAACGAAAUAUUGGGGGAGCUUUUCAUUAUUAAUAAGAUAAUACCACAUUGAGGUCCAAAUGGUCCUAAAUUAAACUUUUGUUUAAUUUCAUCAAAUAUUGAAUUCUUUGGUUCUUUGAUAUGCUGAUUCUAACAAUGUUUGAGUGUUAAAUCAUAUCUAAUUUUAUAGAACUUAGUCAUCACUGGUUGUUGUUAUUAUAUUAUUGAUUAUAAUUUGAAACAUUGCAUCAUAUCUUAUUUUAGAGAACUAUUUAUCCAGUUUGAGUUAUUUCCAUUUGCACGGAAAAUAUCAUGGAUAAAAUUAACCUGUGUUUCAUUUCAACAUAAAUUAAAUAUAUAUAUAGGGUUCUUUCAAAUGCUGAAUCUAAACUCUAUUUAAAUAUUAGAUUUUUAGGCCCAGUUUUCAAGUUGGUCCAAAUCAGGGUCCAAAAUUAAACUUUGUUCGAUUCGACAAAAAUUGAAUUUAUGGGGUUCUUUGAAAUGCUGAAUCUAACCAUGUAUUGAGAGAUUUUGGAUUGUGGGCUCCUUUAUCAAAUUGGUCCACAUUGAGGUCCAAAGGGUCCUAGAUUAAACUUUUGUCUGAUUUCAUCAAAAAUUGAAUUCUUGGGUUUCUUUGAUAUGCUGAUUCUAAUAUGUACUUAGAUUUUGGAUAUUGGACCAUAAUAGGUAUUUAAAUGUCCAAUUUCAAAUAUAUCAGUUCUUUGACUACAUUCAUUUUGUGUCACAAACCUAUGAUGUGUCAAAUAUUCAAUCACAAUCCAAAUUCAGAGCUGUUUUAAGUUUAAAUGUAGUGUCCAUACUUGCUAAACUGUUCAGGGUUAGACCUCUGCAUGAAAAACUGGUUUGCUGUCUCUCUGACAACCUCUUGUUAAGACUUGGUAUAAAUUUCUUUUUUUGGGACCAAUUUCAAGGCGGUUGAUAAUUCAAAGUUUUUAAUUCGUGGGAUUCUUUAAUAUGCUAAAUCAAACUAUGUAUUUGGAUUUGAUAUAUUUGGGCCUGGUUUUCAAAUUGUUCCUUAUUGAGGUCCAAAGUGUCCAAAAUUUUACUUUAUUUGAUUUUAUCAAAGUAGAAGUUUUUGAGUGCUUUAUUUUUAUGCCCCCGCCGUAGCGGAUGGGGCAUUAAGUUUAACCAAUGUCUGUCUAUACAUAUGUCCGUCCGUACGUCCCGAAAUUGGUUUCCGUUCUCUUACUUAAUUUGUCUCAACCAAAUAUUAUAAAACUUAUACACAAUGAUUUUAACCACAAACCAUAGAUGAAGUUUGAAUUUGGGUAGCGUCAUUCAUACCUUUCUGGAGUUAUGCCCCUUUAAAAAUGGAAAAAUUGCUGAAUUUUUCGUUUCCGUUCUCUAUCUUAAGUUUACCUCAUCCAAAUGUUACGAAACUUAUACAUAAUUUUAAUUACCACAAAACACAGAUCAAGUUUGAAUUUGGGUGGCGUCACCUUUACAAUUCUAGGGUUAUGCCCCUUUAUAAAUGAAAAAAUUACAAAAUUUUUAGUUUCCGUUCUCUAACUUAAGUUUGCCCCAACCAAACAUUAUGAAACCUAUACAUGAUACUUAUUACCACAAAACUCAGAAUUUUUUUCCCCUACAUACCUUUAUAUAAAUUUUUUUCGGAGACAAGUGCCUGUGUUUAUGUUCUCUAACUUAAGUUGCCUCAACCAAAUGUUAUGAAACUUAUACACAAUGCUCAUUACCACAAAACACAGAUCAAGUUGAAUUUUGGUAGCGUCACUUUAACCAUUAUCGAGUUAUGCCCCUUUAUAAAUCCAAAAAUUGCAAAAUUUUUAGUUUCCGUUCUGUAACUUAAGUUUGCCCCAACCAAACAUUAUGAAACCUAUACAUGAUACUUAUUACCACAAAACUCAGAUCUGGUACAAAUUUGGGUAGGGUCAUUUUUAUAUGACCGCAAAAAAAUUUUGAGGUCGUAUAUUGGUAUGACGUUGGCGUCGUCGUCGUACGGCGUCGUCGUCCGAAUACACAAUGGUUUUCGCACUCUAACUUUAGUUUAAGUGAAUUGAUCUCUAUGAAAUUUUACCAUAAGGUUCAAUACCACAAUAGGAAGGUGGGGAUUGAUUUUGGGGGUUAUGGUACCAACAGUUAAGGAAUUAGGGGCCGAAAAUAAGCAUUUUUGUAACUUCCAGACAUAACUUGUGUGUUAGCAUAUGGAUCUCUUUGACAUUGUACCACAAGAUUCCAUAUCACAAAGGGUCAAUGCUGGGAUUGAUUUUGGGGUUAAUUGCCUCAAAAUUUUAGGAAGAAGGGGCCAAAAGGGGGCAAAAAACAAGCAUUUUUCUAGUUUCAUGACAAUAACUUGUGUGUAAGUGUAUGGAUCUUUCUGAAAUUUUACUACAAGGUUCCAUUUCACAAAGGGAAAGCUGGAAUUGAGUGUUGUGGUAAUUGCCCAAAACGUUUAGUAAUAAGGGGCCUAAAAAAGGGUUUAAAAUAAGCAUUUUUUAGUUUCUAGACAAUAACUUGUGUUCAAGUGUAUGGAUCUCUCUAAAAUUGUACUACAAGGUACCAUACCACAAAGGCAAGGCUGUUAUUGAGCUUGGUUUGGGGGGAAAGGGGGGGUGGGGGUGAUGAAUCAUAAGGGGGGCGGGGGUCAAAAAAGGGGUAAUUUUUUUUUUUCCUUUUUUUUUUGUUUAAAAUUUACAUUUUAAGUUAGUUAUUUUUUUUCACGAAGAGAAAGUAGGAAUUGAGUUUUGGGGUUAAUUGCUCAAACAUUUAUGAAUAAGGGGCCAAAGAUUGGUCAAAAAUAAGGAUUUUUUUAGUUUGCAACAAAAACUUGUGUUCAAGUGUAUGGAUCUCUGUGAAAUUGUAUUGCAAUGUACCAUACCACAAAUUGAAGGUUGUGAUUGAGGUGGGGGAUGAUGAAUCAAAAGGGGGUUGAAAAAAUGUGUGGGAGGUAGGAUUUUUUUUUUUCCUUUUUUUUUCUUUAAAAUUUUCCAUUUAAAGAUGGUUGUUUCAGAUUUAUAUAUGAAAGAAAAUAAUAAUGAUACGGUUAUAUAUCAUGAGGAAUUGAAAUUUAAAAUUAUGUAUAUUGGAAAUUUAAUUACAUUGGAAAGUAAUAAUUGGCUUUGGGGGGGUGGGGGUUAUGGCUCUAAUGUUUAAGGAAUAAGGGGAAAAAAGGUUAAAAAACAAGGGUUUCCAUUUUAAUAGACAAAUAAUUGAGUAAAGAACAUUAUUUAAAAGCAGUGUAAGGUUGGUAAUUCAAACUCAUUUAAAUAUCUCAUCUACACUGCUUUUGAAUUAUGUAAAUUGGAAAUUUGCCAAUAACUUUAUUGUUAAUAAUUGCAUUGGAAAUUUGCCAACAAUUUUAGUGUAAUAAACUUCAUUGGAAAUUUGCCAAUAUAAAAUUUUGCUGAUGAAGGUUUUUUGUUUACCUUUAGCCUUGACUAUGAAGUCAUUUUCUAUUUUUAUAGCCUUAUGAUGUAGUUGAAUUAUUUAAUACUUUUAUGAUGUGUUUAAAUGGGGUUUUAUCAUGUUUAUGGUUGCAAAUUUAUUGUUUUAGUAUAAUAAACUCCAUUUAAAAUUUGCCAAUAAAAAAAAAUUUUGUUUAUUUUUAGCUAUAAUUAUGAUGUCAUUUUCUAUUUUACUUUUAUGGUUGCAAAGAAAUUUUUAUUUUUAGAUAUUACUGUUAAAUGAUGCUGAUUAAGGUUUUUGCUAUGUUUAGCCAUGACUAUGAUGUCAUUUUCUAUUUUAAUAUCUGUUAUGAUGUAUUUAAAUGGGCUUUUAUGGUUACAAAGGAAUUUUAUUUUUAGAUAUUACUAUAAAAUGUUGCUGAUGCUGAUUAAGGAUUUUGUUUAUUUUUAGCCAUGACUAUGAUGUCAUUUUCUAUUUUAAUACCUUUAUGAUGUAAUAUCCAUUUUUAGAUAUUACUGUUAAAUGAUGCUGAUUAAGGGUUUUUAGCUAUGUUUAGCCAUGACUAUGAUGUCAUUUUCUAUUUUAAUAUCUUUAUGAUGUAUUUAAAUGGGCUUUUAUGGUUACAAAGGAAUUUUAUUUUUAGAUAUUACUUUAAAUGUUGCUGAUUAAGGAUUUUUGUUUAUUUUUAGCCAUGACUAUGAUGUCACUUUCUAUUUUAAUACCUUUAUGAUGUAUUUAAAUGGGCUCCCAUGUAUUUAGAUUUUUGAUUAUUUAUACAUGUUACCAAAUUGGUCCACAUUGAACAAAAACGGUCCAAAUUUCAACUUUAUUACAUUACAUCAAACAUUGAAUUCUACAUAUUCUUUGAUAUAUUGAAAUUAACAAACAAUUUAGUUUAUGGAUAUUCCACCAUAAUAGGUAAAUUAAAUUUUUUCCAGUUCUUACACCACAUUCAUCCUGUGUCAGAAACCUAUGCUGUGUCAAAUAUUUAAUGACAAUCCAAAGUCAUAGCUGUAUCAAGCUUGAAUUUUGUGUCCAUACUUGCCCCAACUGUUCAGGGUUCGACCUCUGCGGUCGUAUCAAGCUGCGCCCCAGCGAAGCAUUUUAUUAUUAUUUUUGAGUUAUGUCCCUUUAUAAUGUUGUAUGCAAGUGGGGCAUCAUCUGUGUCCAUGGGGACACAUUUUCCUUUUUUAUGCCCCCACCGUAGCGUAGGAGCAUUAAGUUUUACCCUUGUCCGUCUGUACGUACGUACGUCCCAAAGUUGUUUCCGUUCUCUAACUUUAGUUUGCCUCAACCAAAUGUUAAGAAACUUAAACACAAUGCUUAUUACCACUAAAUACAGAUCAAGUUUGAAUUUUGGUGGCGUCACUUUUACCGUUUUAGAGUUAUGCCCCUUUACAAAUGAAAAAAUUGCUAACUUUUUCGUUUCCAUUCUCUUACUUAAGUUUGCCUCAAACAAAUAAUAUGAAACUUAUACACAAUGCUUAUCAACACAAUAUACAGAUCAAGUUUGAAUUUUGGUGCAGUCACUUUUACUGUUCUAGAGUUAUGCCCUUUACGAAUGGAAAAAUUGCUAAAUUUUUCAUUUUUUUUCUAAAUAUCAAGUAAUUUUUAAAAUUGGAGUUAUCUUCCUUUGUACAAUAUUAUAGUUGAAUCAACUACAAUCAAUGCUUUAUACGAUGCAAUGUUUAAUUUUGCCUUCCACUGAUAAAUUAAAGCAAUUUUUAUCCUUCAUUCCUAAAAAUAUUUCAUAGUCUACUUUGAAAAUUGGAGUUAUCUUUCUUUGUGCAUAAUAUUCAAUUUUACUUCCUACUGAUAAAUUAAAGCAAUCUUUAUCCUUCAUUCCUAAAAAUAUUUCAUCGUCUUCUUUGAAAAUUGGAGUUAUCUUUCUUUGUGCAUAAUGGUAGUUAAAUCAACUACAACCAAUGCUUUAUACAAUGCAAUAUUCAAUUUUACUUCCUACUGAUAAAUUAAAGCAAUCUUUACCAUUCAGUGCUUACAAGCUGUUUGAUUACCGUUCUAGGGUUAUGCCCCCUUUACAAAAAAAAAAAUUGCUGAAUUUUUCGUUUCCAUUCUCUAAACUUAUACGCAAUGCUUAUUACUACAUAAUACAGAUUAAGUACGAAAUUUGGUGGUGUCACUUUUACCAUUCUUGAGUUAUGUCCCCAUAUAAACAUAAAAAUUGCUGAAUUUUUUGUUUCCGUUCUCUAACUUUAGUUUGUCUCAACCAAAUGUUAUAAAACAUAUACACAACCUUUCUAGAGUUAUGCGUGUUUACAAAUAGAAAAAUUGCUGAAUUUUUAUUUUAUCAAUAUUUUCAUUACCAAAUGAUUAAGUUGAAUAAUCAUUAAAUGGUUUGAGUGAGAGAAGAAAGUGUGGAAUUAUUGAUGGUUACAUAGUAAAGAAGUGAUGUUGUUAUGAAUUGUUUGAAUAUUGUAUACAAUUUUUAAUAAUCAACAUCAGAAAAUAG